GCAAGUGGAAGAAACUGAUCGGCUAUCUUUGUCGUACUGUGCGAGUAAACCCUUGCAUUUUCUGGGGGCGCAGGCGGGCCUGGUCAAGGGGAACAAUAGCUAUAGGUUACUCUUCCGAUCAAUAGUUGGAGAAUGGCGGCAUCCGCAAUCAAAUCUGGCACUUUGGUAACUCUCCAAGAGCUGAAUCCAUCUUCGCCGUUCUUCAAGCAAGGGGCCUCACUCAGAGUAACUGGAAAGCUACAAGAUUAUGACGUUGAGUCAGCCUCUGCAAUAGUUGUUGAUGAUAAUGCAUCAUUAAAGAUAGACACACAACACUUGAAUGUCAAUAUUCGCCCUGGCUCUAUCUACCAAUUUAUUGGAGAACUACAUUUUGGAUCCGGUAAUGAGGCAAUCUUGAAGGCGCGAGUAGGGAGAAAUUUGGAUGGCAUGGACCUUAGUCUCUAUCAUCAGUCACUACAACUCUUGAGAAAUUUCAUAGAUGAACAAACUAACAACGGUAGACAGUAGAACAAUGCAACAAGAAAGUGGAGUGUAUCCUGUGGAAGAUACUAGCAAGUCUGACGUUGAAAGGGGCGGCAAAGACUUCAAUCUUGUCCAAGGAGUAGCAGUAUUAGUGGAGAUCAAUGGCAAAAAUUGUGUAAAGUUGCAAGGAUGGGAAUUCAAGCCCAAAGGGUUUGGUAUGUUUUGUUUAGAGACUGAUGCUUCAUCAAGAACCCAUGAUUGAGUCAUCCGCACUAUAUUUCUCUCUUAUAAACAGGAGUUGUGUGAGGUUGAAGAAAGUGCCAUUCUUGGCGCUCAAUCUUGGAGUCAAAGCAUUAAAUAUCACGUUUGAAGAGCGUUUUGUAUUUGGAGCAAUAUGUUAUUCUUUGACACCUCUUUGUGGCAAUGAAAGCAUUGAGUCACU